AAAACUCUGAUCUAUGGCAGAUGGGGCUCCAAAUCUGAUGGCUAUGCAAGAGGAGGGGUAUCUUUGGCAAAAAAAAACAUGCCUUGAUCCUAUGCGGCUGAGUGCAUUUUAUGACGAGUGUUCCCUAUUCUCUUUCCUCAUCUUAACGCGAAUUUCCAAGCGACUAUUAAGGCAUUUUUCAAAUCUCUAACGAAAAAUCAACGGAUCAUAGCACAUUUAUUUUUGAUUAGAUUUCAAAAUUUUUGCAUAGAAAAAUUAGUUUUUUGUUCUCUACGAAAUGAUAUCCAUUUUUAUAUUUUUUUUUGAAGAAUUUCAGGUCAUCAUAUCACUGUCAUACCACAAACAGUGAUAUGAUGACAUGCCACUGAUAUGAUUGAUAUCAUAGUGAUAAUAAAAUAAUAUCACACUGAUAUGAUUGACACCGUCACUAUAUCAUAGUGAUAUUAAUAUCAUGAUUAUAGUGAUAAUAUCAUGAUAUGAUAUGACACUUAUAUGUUUGAUAUUAUCAGUAUGAUAUAGUGAUAUUAUCAAUCAUAUCAUAGUGAUAAUAUCAUGACCUGACACUGAUAUGAUUGAUACGACAAUGAUAUAUGCAAAUAUUUUAAAUUCCAAGUUAAAACAAAUGCGCUAUGAUCGGAUUAAGGAAAAUUGGAGAUUAAAAAAAAAAAAUUUAACUGGUCAGUUGCCUCCCUUCUCCCCUCUGUUUUUUUGCGUCAGAAAAAAGGAAAAGGAGCACACAAAAUUACCACUAUGCCCUAUAAUUUUUGUAUAGAACUAAUAUGAGUCACUAGAUUGCAUUAAAAUGGACAGCGAGGCCUGAGAGCAUGUAGGACCCGGAGAGACAAGUGCAAAUUUUGCAGGGCAUUUUGGGGAAGGGCUGGCUGGUUGGUUCCCACUUCCCACAGAAGUCAGAACUCCAUUUGUGACCAUUUUGCAAUUUAACAAACCCACACAACACUUGCUGCCUGCUCUCGCUCUGCGACACUGAAACAAUUUCUCCAUUUCAUUUCACGUUAGAGGAAAGAAAACUGAUGGAAUGGAACAGUCUCUUUCCUUGUGUCUUUCUUUCUCCAUAUAUAUUUGUUGCUUUCUUUCUCUUUCUGGCGCCAUUGUCAUUACUAAAUUGUCCAGUGACACUAGUCGCUCUUCUUCACUCUCUCUUCAGUAGCGCAUCAGUACUCAGUAGUCAGCAAUGGAGCAGCAUCCAAGAAAAAAAGCAACCAAAAUUAAUGGCAGUACCAAUGUCAAUCAAUUUCCAUGAUUUAAUUGACUGAUUUCCAAGAACGAAACUAAUUCGCUCUGCGUCUUCUCCUUAGUUGUUACUCAUUUCUUCUCUCUCUCUCUCUCUCCCGCUCUUCGUCUGACCUUCGCCACCUCGAUUCCCGCACCGCGCCAGAUUCGUCGUCGAUCCUUUCCUCCCUCUCUCCGGCCGUCGCGCUGAUGGAGCCGGCGGCGGAGAUAUGCAGCGUCAAGGUAGCACUUCACGUUCGUCCGCUGGUUCCGGACGAGCGUGCUCAAGGUUGCCGGGAAUGCGUAGCCGUCGUCCCGGGGAAGCCUCAGGUACAAAUCGGUGGCUCGCAUUCGUUUACAUUUGAUCAUGUCUACGGUAGUGGUGGUUCAUCGCCAUCCGCCAUGUACGAGGAAUGCGUUGCUCCAUUGGUCGAUGGAUUGUUUCAAGGGUACAAUGCUACUGUGCUCGUCUAUGGGCAGACAGGAUCCGGGAAGACUUAUACAAUGGGUACGGGAGCUAGAGAUGGUAGCGAGAGUGGACUGAUUCCUCAAGUCAUGAAUGCACUGUUCCACAAGAUUGAGACGGCAAAGCAUCAGACUGAUUUCCAGUUGCAUGUGUCUUUCAUUGAGGUUCUCAAUGAAGAAGUGAGAGACCUGCUGGAUUCUGUCUAUGUGGGUAAAUCUAUGGCUAUCAAUACUGGGAAGGUGGCAGUGGCUGGGAAGCGUACGAUACAAAUUCGCGAGUCCACAAGUGGGGUUAUAACAUUGGCAGGUUCAACUGAAGUAGCUGUUAGCUCAUUGGAGGAAAUAUCUGCUUGCUUGGAGCAGGGAUCAUUAAGCAGGUCCACAGGAAGUACAAACAUGAACAAUCAGUCUAGUCGGUCACAUGCCAUCUUCACAAUCACAUUAGAGCAGAUGCGUAAACUCCAUUCAGAUUGUCCUGAAACCCCAGAUGAAGAUAUGGGUGAAGAAUUCUUCAGUGCAAAGCUCCAUUUGGUUGAUCUAGCUGGAUCCGAAAGAGCAAAACGAACUGGUUCUGAUGGUCUUCGUUGGAAGGAAGGCAUUCACAUAAAUAAGGGACUUCUUGCCCUUGGUAAUGUCAUCAGUGCUUUAGGAGAUGAAAAAAGGCGAAAAGGAAGUCUACAUGUUCCCUAUCGAGAUAGUAAACUUACUCGACUCUUGCAGGAUUCACUUGGAGGAAACAGCAAAACAGUUAUGAUAGCUUGCAUUAGUCCUGCUGACAUUAAUGCUGAUGAAACUCUUAACACUCUCAAAUAUGCAAAUCGGGCCCGUAAUAUUCAAAAUAAGCCUAUUGUCAAUAAAGAUUUAAUAUCAAAUGAGAUGCAAUCUAUGCGGCAGCAGCUAAAGUUGUUACAGGAAGAACUUUGUGCUCGCGGAGGAGGUCCUCCUUCAGAUGAGGUUCAGGUCCUUAGAGACAGGAUUUCUUUUUUAGAAGCUAGCAAUGAAGCCCUUUCUCAAGAGCUUCAUGUGUACCGGAGCAGAUGUGCUAAUGUACAGCAGUGGGAAAUUGAUGAUCCGGAAUGCCAUCCUUGUGGAAAACUUGAUGGACAUAAGUUGAGCUUCCAGAGUAUGGAUUCCUCUGAUUGUCAAAUGGAUGAAUCAAUAUCAGGAGAAAGGUCUACUGAAAUUGAUGAGGCGGCAACAGAGUGGGAGCAUGCAAUUCGGAAGAGGUGCAUGAGCAAGGAACUGAAUGGGCUAAAUCGACUGUUGGAGCGAAAGGAGUCUGAGAUGGAACUUUUUGGAGGGUUUGACAUUGAAGCUCUAGAGCAACACUUAAAUAAGAAAAUUGCGGAACUUGAAGAUGAGAAAAAGGUCAUGCAGAUUGAGAAUCUUGCUGCGGGGUUAGGAGAAAAAUCUCACAAAUUACUUGAUGUUCAUGAACAGAAAAUAAAAAUGCUUGAGGCACAGAUAUUAUAUUUUAGAAGCAAACCAGAGAGCUAUGUCGAAAUUUUAAAACAAAAGCAAAAGAGUGAUGAGGCAGCAAUCAGGCUGCAAACUGAAAUACAGUAUAUGAAGGCAGAAAAGGUGCAAUUGCAGCAAAAUAUUAAACAAGAAGCUGAACAAUUUCGGCACUGGAAGGCCUCCCAACAGAAAGAACUGCUGCAGGUUCUCCAAAGGAAGACGGAAGAAGCUGCCUUAGCUACGCAAAAGUUAAAGGAGUUGUUGUCGGAAUCCCUAAAACCUCCAGCUGCUGUUUUAAACAGGCAUGAAUCAUUUGGACAGGGCAAUGAAAUGCAACGUUUGCUUGAUCACAAAUUAGAAGUGAUGGUGAAAAUGCAUGAAGUUCGUUGUCAACAUGAGAAGCAGGGAAAAGUGCAUGCUGAACUGGCAGAAGAACUGGGCUUGGAAAAAAUGAAUCAGCUUUCUCCUGAUGUGCAGAGUCCAGGAAAAGCAGAUCAUAGGCAUCCUAGUUCGGCGUUGAUGUCACCAAGUGAAAAAUUGGAGCGAAUAGCUUUCCUGGGCGAUAUGUUGACCCUAUCUUCAAAUGUGCUCACUGCAAUGUCUGCACAACUUUCUGAAGCAGAAGAAAAGGAGCAAGCCUCCAUUAGUUGUGGACAUUGGAGCCAAUUGUGCUCCCUGGCAGAAGCCAAGAACCUUCUGCAAUAUACGUUCAAUGCUGCUGUGGAUGCAAGAUGUAGGAUGUGGGAGAGAGAAAUGGAGAUAAAGGACAUUAAGGAUCAAUUAGUUGAGCUAGUGAAGCUGUUAAAUGAAAGCGAAGCCCAGAAAUUGAUACUCUUGAAGGAGCAAAAGAUGAGAGAACAAGCUGUUGCCAUUGCCCUUGCAGCAUCAUCGUCAACUGUGUGUCAUUCUCGGAGUUCAUCUAAGCAGUAUAAUACGGAAGACAUUAGUGGCCCCCUAUUUCCAACAUCACUGCCAACUUCAAAGCAACUGAAAUUCACACCAGGGAUCGUUAAUGAUUCUCUCAUAGAAUCAACUGCAUUUCUCAACCAGACCAGAAAGAUGGUACCACUUGGACAAGUAUCAGUGAAAAAGCUGGUAGCAGGCAGUGGGCAGAGUGGGAAAAUGUGGAGAUGGAAGAGGAGCCAUCAUCACGAGUCGUCGGUGCAGUUCAAGUGGAAAUGGCAGAAACCAUGGAAGCUCUCUGAAUGGAUCAAACACAGCGAUGAAACAAUUAUGAGAGCAAGACCUCUUCACCAGACACUCUUGGCUGGUAAGAUGAUAUGAGCCUCAUUUCAACCAACUCAACCAUUGUUGUGCACAUAUUCGAGGUAAUACUUCCCUCGCAACCUUGCAUCAACUUAGACGAUGGUCAUUUGCAGUUGUACCAUAAUGUCUCAUUUUGACAUAUUGUGCGGUUUCUCUUCUCAUUUCUGCAAUGCUAGUUUUGCUCAAGGCUAGGGUAAAUCCGUGUCCAUCCCAAUCCGUUUUACAUUCUAUGAUUGUAUGAUUGAAGAGUUGUUCUUAUUCUUUUGUAAUUCUUUGUUCCUUUCCUGUCGAAGGGAAUAAAUGCAGGCAUAAGUUAUGUAAGCAUAACCGUUGUUGUAUAAUUUCUUUCUUUCCUUCUGAAUUUCUUUAGCCAAGGUAGAGAGUUGUUGCCUACUGUAUUUCUGCAAGAUUCAAUUUGUUAGUUUAUCAUUCAAUUAUUAUUAGGGGAGGGGAUUCUUAUCGUGACUUGAGAUCAUUGUGAUUUGGAGAAAAUAAUCUUCGCUUUUGGUAAAUGGUCGGUCGGAUGUCACGUUUACUUUUUAUUUAUACAUGGACCGGAUGCCACAUGGAAAGUAAUAGAUAAUAGGAGAAUUUAAAGAAUUACAAAAAGCCAAAAUACAUUUCUACAGCCACAAUUUUUGUCGUUUGUGACAGUGAUAGCCAAAACUUUCGAAAUGCACGAAACAACCAGAAUUUUGAUGGUUGUUUGACAAAUCUAGGCAUUUUCGUUACAAACUUUAAUGGCUUUAGAGAUUAUGUCAAUUAGGUUAACAAUACGCUGACUAAGAUACCAAAUUGACGCACAUGUCAGCGACAACUCAGUUUCACUUGUCACUUCGAUGCCACAUCAUAAUUUACUUAAAGAUAUUUUAUUAUUAGCUUCUUUUUUUUGCCAAAGGUGUUGUUGUUUCCUCAAAGAGACUUCUCGGUGUCGAUGAAGGAGACUACUGACCGUCGCAAGAGACGAGCAUAUCGAUUGGGCUUUCUCUGGCGCGAAUUAGCUUCAGAUUUGGAGGAGAUCUGUGCUUUCUCUGGCAUGAAUCGUCUUCAGAUUUGGAGUCGACAUGCUUGGGUGAGAGUUGAUUUGGGGGGAUUUGUGCUUUCCUGGAAAAAUUUCCUGUACGACGACGAAUGUGGAGGGUCAAUCUGGACGACGAUGGUCGAGAUCACGACCAUGAAAAGAGGGUGUGAAACUGAGCCCCAAGAUCAUGGCCUCCAUUGUCGAGAUUGCAACUUCCAAACGACCCCUAAGAUUAUAUGUAAAGUUGCAAGGGAGCUCUCCCCCAACUCAAGUCUUCUAAUUGUUCCUAUGUAUCUUCUUCCCCCCUUAAUGGGGUAGUUCUCUACAGUCUUAGGGGUCUAAUCCCCAAACCCUAAAAUUAGGUUUUUUUAGUCUAGAUGGAAUUGUGUUAGGGUUUGUGUAUGGAAGUUAUUUGCUCAGUGAUUAUAUGCUUCAUCUAUGAUUAAUUAUGCACAGGCUUGUCUGUCCAACUCUUUUCAUCUAGUCUAACACGUAGGAGUUUUUUUUAUCUAAACUCAAUUUAAGCACCUUAAGCUAACCAAGAGUAGAUGAGUGAUCUAGGGAUCCGAUUGGUGGACGAGGUGACCACCUCCUGCCAACCGAGAGCCCUCCUAAGCAAUGCUAGAGCGAUGCGUGCGUGAUCAUUAACAUGUCGAGCUAGUGUGCAUAUAGGUUGAACCGAUUGGAAGGGUCUAGAAUGCAUCCCUAGUAUCGUGAACUUGAUCUAGGUUAAUUGGGUCAAGGAAUUGUGCUAGUAGGGUGGCUAGUUUCAUGACCAUUGAGCUAGUCCCCACUUUAGUGAGUCCCACACCUUAUUUCCUCAAACCCGACAUUAUGAACCAUUCGCACAAUAGACCUAAAUCUAGGGC